GGUAGAAGGAUGCCGUUCACCCCCGUUGCACAGGCCAAUUGUGGCAAAUGCCAAAAGCCAGUCUACGCGGCCGAGGAAGUGCUCGCCGGUGGCCUUAAAUGGCACAAGAUUUGCUUCAAAUGCGAUCUGUGCCACAAGCGAUUAGACAGCACCAACAACAACGAGCAUGGUGGCGCCCUGUACUGCAAACAAUGUUACGGCCGUAAGUUCGGACCCAAGGGCUACGGGUUCGGCGGUGGCUCCGGUGCCCUGUCUAUGGACAAGGGCGAGCAUUUGGGCAAUCAAACCUGCGAAAUGUCAAACAAGCCCUCGGGUGUCAACAACUAAAUGCUAUUAAUAGCGCUAUUCUUCUCACUUAACACUUGUUUUCAAAAUGUUUUCUCUUAAUUCUCACUGAAUUAAAAAGCAAAUCAAAUAAAAUAUAUUAAUUUGAAAA